AUGUCUGGGUCCGCAUCAUAUCUCACGCUGACCGCGGCGUUGGUGGUUGGCGGCUAUAUGCUGUUCAAUGGCUCAGGAGAAGUGUUUAAUGUGGGAGAAUAUCUGGAAAACAUAUCGCCAUACAUGUGGGCCACUCUUGGAAUAGGUUCCUGUAUUGGUUUCUCGGUUGUUGGUGCGGCCUGGGGAAUUUUUAUCACGGGCUCCUCGAUUCUCGGUGCCGGUGUUAAGGCCCCUCGAAUCACCACCAAGAACCUGAUCUCCAUUAUUUUCUGUGAGGUCGUUGCCAUCUACGGUCUCAUCAUGGCCAUUGUGUUCUCGUCGAAAUUGACGGUUGUGGAUUCGGUCUCCAUUCUCUCGAAAGAGAACCUUUACACUGGUUACUCCCUGUUCUGGGCAGGUCUCACUGUGGGAUUGAGCAAUCUCAUUUGUGGAGUUGCUGUCGGUGUCACUGGUUCCACCGCAGCCAUUUCAGAUGCUGCCGACUCCAGCUUGUUCGUUAAAAUCCUGGUUAUUGAGAUUUUCGGAUCCGUGCUGGGACUGUUUGGUCUCAUUGUGGGACUACUGAUGGCCGCAAAGGCGGCCGACUUUUCAUAG